AUGUCUGAACCUGGGGCUGGUCAUGAGUUUGCGCCCAAGGAGGUUUCCUGGCAGAAACGCGAUGUUCUCUUAUUUGCCAACAGCAUUGGAUGCACAGCUGAUGAAUUACAUUUUCUUUACGAACUCCAUCCUAGAUUCGCGGUCUAUCCAACCUACCCAGUUAUCCUUCCAUUUAAGCUCACCGAUCAGGAAGUAAUCGACUUCUAUGCUCGGGCAGGCGGUGCGCCGAUUCCUGGGGCUCCUAAGCUCGACUAUCGUCGCGUAGUGGAUGGUCAGAGAAGAAUUGUCGUUCUGAAGCCCCUUCCAACGUCCAGUGCAGGUCGAAAAUUUGAACUGCGUAACAAGGUCAUUGGACUCUACGAUAAGGGCAAGGCUGGGACGGUGCUUGAGACCGAACAGUCAAUUGUGGACCAGACCACUGGUGAGAUUUAUACCAAGAUCUUCAGCAGCAGCUUCUUCGUCGGACAGGGUGGCUGGGGUGGCCCCAAGGGUCCAAGCACGGUGAAUUACCCCCCUCCGGAGGGUAAAACUCCUGAUGCCACGCAUGUGAUCCAGACCACGCCUGAAACGGCUCUCUUGUAUCGUCUCAAUGGUGAUUAUAACCCUCUCCAUGCGACACCCGAACCAGGUUCUAAAAUGGGCUUUGGUGGUACCAUCAUCCACGGAUUAUUCAGCUGGAACUCUGCAGCUCAUGGCGUCCUGAAAGAGAUGGGCCAGAGCGAUCCGGACAGACUCAGAGAGUUCCAAGCGCGCUUUGCCUCUCCGGUAAAGCCCGGCGACAAGCUGACUACUGAGAUAUGGCGGAUGGGAAGGUUGGAAGGUGGCGAUGAAGAGAUUCGUUUUGUUGUGAGGAACGACCAGGGCAAGGCCUUCUCCAACACCCUGUGUGGGGAUCAAUCAUCUGCUCGCAAGUUUGGUACUACAGACGCGAAUAUUGGACCAAUGUGGUUACGAGACAAUUGUCAGUGCAAAACAUGUUGCGAUCCCCAGACCAGACAGCGGGAAGUAGACACUUUCAAGAUUCCUGAGGAUAUCAAGGUUCAACAUACCAAACAUGAACCAGAAAGCCUCCAGGUCGAAUUCUCGGAUGGACAUACGGGCGUCUAUUCUUAUAGUUGGCUUAAAAGCAUUCCUGUCAAAGGCUUGGAAGGAGCGAAGCCCUUCCACUCGUAUACGGGAAAAGGGCCAUACCCUACGGCGUUUUUCAAGGACGUUAUGAACGAUGAUAUGGCCCUAUUGCAUUGGCUUGAUAACAUUUAUAUCUACGGUUUUUGUUUUGUCGUAGGGGUUCCCGUGUCGCUUGAGGCUACCGAAAAGCUUCUCGAGAGAAUCGCUUUCGUGAGACGGACGCACUAUGGGGGUUUCUGGGAUUUCACCGCUGAUAUGAGUUUUGGGGAUUCGGCAUAUACCAACCGCGCCCUUGAUGCACAUACUGAUACCACAUACUUUACGGAACCCGCAAGACUCCAACUGUUCCAUCUUCUAUCCCAUACCGGCGGCAAAGGAGGUGAUAGCUUACUGGUUGAUGGUUUUCGAGCAGCCGAGGCUCUGCGAACGAAGGCUAAGGCGCAGUAUGCCGCCUUGCAGCGCUACAGUCAGCCUGCCCAUGCCAGUGGCAACGAGAAUUUUUGUAUACAGCCUAUACACGAAUUUCCCGUUUUUGAGGUGCACCCUCAAUUAGACGUGAUGUACCGCAUCCGUUGGAACAAUUAUGACAGGGCCACAAAAACGAACUGGGGCCUCAAGAGUGUGAAACAGUGGUACAGUGCAGCGCGGAACUGGAAUGCGAUCAUCACAAGCCCGCAACACCAAAUCUGGACGAAACUCGAACCGGGAACAGCUCUUAUAUUCGAUAAUUGGAGAAUGCUCCACGGACGUUCAGAUUUCACCGGAAAGCGCAGGAUGUGCGGGGGCUACAUCAAUAACGAUGAUUUUCUGUCCCGGUAUCGCCUCCUGAAAUAUGGCCGGGAGCGUAUCCUCGACAACCUUGGAAACUGGAACCUAAGUUUGGGAUCCAAGACUGACAAUCCGAACAUGUUGAUAUAG